CCGCUGGCGCCAUGGCGACCGUUAGAGGGUCGAGGUAUCUGCUGACAAUAGGCAGAUGGCGCCGCAGCUUUGGAAUAGCUCCCCAGUUCCGAGCGCUUGCUGCCCUCGUGCCCGGCGUAUCCCACGUGGAUAACAAGUCCGAUUUCCUGGGGAAGAGGCCCCAUCGCCGGCACCCUGGCAUCCUGCAGCUGUCAUGCGUGCGGCUGCCGCAGGGAUUGGCUGAAGCCGCGCAGUUACUGCUGCUAGAGAGCUCGAUGCCCAAUAUGGAGAAACAGGUGCAAGCCCUAACCAAUUAUCUCUGGAGCCGGCAUUUACCUGUAGAGCCAGAAGAGCUACAAAGACGGGCUGUUCUUCUUGAGAAAAAAAUCCUGGAAAACGCAGACUCAUGUCAGACAGAGAAACAUCAUGAAGAAGUCCUGCGUGCCUUGCGCAGAACUACCUAUCAUUGGCAAGAAUUGAGCUACAAUGAGGGACUGAGCCUGGUGUAUAUGGCAGCAAGACUGGAUGGUGGCUUUGCAGCAGUUUCCCGAGCUUUCCAUGAGAUCCAAGCUCGCCUUCCAGAGUUCCAGCCACAAACCUUGAUGGACUUUGGCUCGGGUACUGGCUCUGUCACCUGGGCUGCUCAUAGUACUUGGGGUCAGAGCCUACGUGAGUAUAUGUGCGUGGACAGCUCAGCUGCCAUGUUGGAAUUGGCAGAAAAGCUGCUGAAAGGUGGUUCAGGAUCUGGGAUGCCUUGUGUUCCAGGUGUCUUUUUCAGACAGUUUCUACCUGUAUCACCCAAGGUGCAAUUCGAUGUGGUGGUAGCAGCCUUUUCUCUCAGUGAACUGCCCAGCAAGGCCGACCGCACUGACGUGGUCCAAACCUUAUGGCGCAAGACAGGUCGUUUUCUGGUAUUGGUAGAGAAUGGAACAAAAGCUGGGCACUCCCUUCUAAUGGACGCCAGGGACCUGGUCCUUAAUAGAAAAGAAAAGUCACCUUUGGACCCUCGACCUGGUUUUGUCUUUGCCCCAUGUCCGCAUGAACUUCCAUGUCCCCAGUUGACAGCCUCUAAGCCCCUGGCCUGUAGCUUUUCCCAGGCCUACUAUCCCAUCCCCUUCAGCUGGAACAAGAAGCCAAAAGAAGAAAAGUUCUCCUUGGUAAUCCUUGCCCGAGGAUCUCCAGAGGAGGCCAAUCGCUGGCCCCGAAUCACUCAGCCUGUUCUUAAACGGCCACGCCACGUGCAUUGUCACCUGUGCUGUCCAGAUGGGCAUAUGCAGCACGCUGUGAUCACGGCCCGCAGACAUGGCAGGGAUUUGUAUCGCUGUGCCCGGGUCAGUUCCUGGGGAGACCUUUUACCUGUGAUCACACCAUCAGACCUUUCUCCAUCUCCUGCUCAAGAUGCGCCUGAGAGUUGACAACGGAUGUGUGACAAGUGUUUUCUUCUAUCUUGACGGCCAAAGCUGAAGCUACCUGGUGUCCAGGAUGGGAGUGCUAUUACUGUUACGGCAAAAAAAAAAAAAAACUAGUUCAAAUAUUCUCCAUUACAGUAGACCAUAUUCUUUGAGCUUACUCGGCCGUCUUCUCGUGUCAGGGGACAUUCAACUUUAAGGGAUCCGAUAUGUUGCAUUUUCUUCCUUUGUGUGCCAUUUGUCAAGGACUCUGUUCCUUAUCAGUUCCUGGGAUACAGGAACAAGUAGAGUUGCAUGCAGUUCUCAGGACUGCUGCUGCUGAGUCGCUUCAGUCAUGUCCAACUCUGUGUGACCCCAUAGACGGCAGCCCACCAGGCUCCCCCAUCCCUGGGAUUCUCCAGGCAAGAACACUGGAGUGGGUUGCCAUUUCCUUCCCCAGUGCAUGAAAGUGAAAGUGAAGUUGCUCAAUCAUGUCUGACUCUUCACGACCCCAUGGACCGCAGCCUACAAGGCUACACCAUCCAUGGGAUUUUCCAGGCAAGAGUACUGGAGUGGGGUGCCAUCGCCUUCUCUGUCUCAGGACUUCUCUGUCUCAGAUCAUGGGAAAGAGCACCUGAUUGGAUUCCCUUCAGUGACUCCCUUCAGUGACCUUGUACUUGUUAGACUAUCCAUUUUGUUGCAACUGGUGGAAUUUCAUUCUUUUUAACGGCUGAGUAAUCAUUUUACUGAAGAUAUAUAAGCAUGCAUUUCUUAUACGCAUGCUAAUAAA